UCAAAAUUGAUAGCUAUAGACUAUAUCAGCCACUACUUUCCAUUGACUUUGGUUGUUGAGCAAGUCAAUUAGUCAACCAUCUACAGAUUUAAACUUUUUUUUUCCAAAUAUUUAGACAAUGAUAUUCUAAAUUUUUGGUGAAGUUCUCCAUCUAGAGAAUGAACAAAAAAAGCACUUUGUGUAUCUCUUCUUCUCUGAUUUAUUCAUACUGCAUCACCAUCUUCUAUUUCCUCACCACAACCACUCUAUGCUAUGCUGUAGAUCCAUAUUUUGAAGCAUGUGAACCCAAAACAUGUGGAAACCAAACUAUAACCUAUCCUUUCUACAUCAAUGGAAUACAAGAACCCUUUUGUGGCUACCCUGGUUUUGGUCUCACUUGUGACAAUACUAUUGGUUUUCCAAUCCUUAAUCUUUCUAAUACCUUUUAUACAAUCAAUCAAAUUUUCUAUCAGAAUCAUUCAUUUAGAGUGUCCAAUAUUAUGUUUUCAAGACCAGACACAAAAAAAGGUUGUCUUUCAUUUCCACCUACUCAAGACCUCAGUUUUCCUAAUAACAUGUUCUAUCUCGCACAUGAUCAAACCGAGGUGAGAUUAUUCUUCGGAUGCGACUCAUCGAAGCUACCCAGAAGUCUGCAAAGGAACAAAAUUGGUUGCUCUGCAGGAAACGAAACGAGUUCCGUUGUGGCAUUGUAUGCAGAUGAUAAAAAUGUAAGCUUUGUGUCGAAGAAUUGUAGGGAUGAGGUGGUUUAUGCGAGGGUGGAAAAUGGUGUGAAAGGAGAGAUUCAAGAGGCUCUGAGAAAAGGGUUUCGGUUGAAUUGGAUAGCCAGUGAUUGCAAGGAAUGUAACAGUACUGGAGGGAGAUGUGGGUUUGCAGCAGAUAUAUUCAAUUUCAGAUGUUACUGUACUGAUAGAAUUCAUGCUGCAAAAUGUGUUCCAGUUACAGUUAGAGACGCUGGGAGGUCACCACCGGUGGUGAAUAUGGUGACAAUAGUGGGUUCGGUGACUGGAGUUGCAUGUGCCUUGCUGAUUGUCUUAGUUUGUUGGUUUAGGAAAAAGAUCUUCCCUCCCACAUUUCUUUUCUUCAGGAAGGAGAAUCCAACCUAUCAAACUAUUGAAAAGUUUUUGAAGGAGCAUGGACCUCUUCCAGUUGCAAGGUACAAUUAUUCAGAUAUCAAAAAAAUAACAAAUUCUUUCAAAAUGAAAUUAGGCCAAGGAGGCUAUGGAAGUGUUUACAAAGGGAAGUUACGUGAUGGACGUAUUGUAGCGGUGAAGAUUUUAAGUGAAUUAGAAGGUAAUGGUCAAGAUUUUAUCAAUGAAGUUGCGAGUAUCAGUACAACUUCACAUAUCAACGUUGUUAGACUUUUGGGAUUUUGUUUGGAUGGUUCUAAAAAAGCGCUAAUAUACGAAUUCAUGUCUAAUGGAUCUCUUGAGAAGUUCAUAUAUGAAGACAAAAAUAACCAGCAGGUUGAUCUCCAGUUGGAUUGCAAAAUAUUAUACGAUAUUGCGGUUGGCAUUGCUUGCGGAUUAGAGUACUUGCAUAUAGGCUGUAACACUAGAAUCUUGCAUUUUGACAUAAAACCUCAUAAUAUAUUACUAGAUGAUGAUUUUUGUCCAAAAAUUUCUGAUUUUGGCCUUGCUAAAAUAUGUCCAACAAAAGAAAGUAUUGUAUCCAUAUUUGGUGCAAGAGGAACCCCGGGAUAUAUUGCUCCAGAGUUGUUUUCUAGAAAUUUUGGUGAAGUGUCGCAUAAAUCAGAUGUCUAUAGUUAUGGAAUGAUGGUGUUAGAGAUGGUUGGUCGAAGAAAGAAUAUUAAGGUUGAAGUGGAUUGUUCUAGCGAGCUAUACUUUCCACAUUUGAUUUACCAGCGUCUUGAGUUGAAUCAGGAUCUUGGACUAAAUUGUAUCAAAAAUGAAAUUGACGAAGAAAUGGUAAGAAAGAUGACAAUGGUGAGUUUAUGGUGCAUACAAACCAACCCUUCGAAUCGACCAGCAAUGCAUAAAGUGGUGGAAAUGUUGGAGGGGAGCCUUCAAGUGCUUGAAAUACCACCCAAACCAUUUAUGUCUUCUCCUUCAGUAUCUUCAAUCCAUUUGUCAUCUGAAAUAUUGUAAUUGGCAUGGAUAUUAAGAUGCAAUGCAAAGUAUAUCACACUAGUAAAUAAUUUCAUGAUAAUUCACAUAUAAAUAAAAUGUUAUGUAUCUAAUAGAAUUGUAAUGUUUUAUCAUUUCUUAGGCCGUUAACACAUAUCCUUAUUAUUAUUAUUGUGUUUAUCACAACAAUGUUAUUCAUAUGUAAUGAAGGCACAACGUAUUGUCCAGAUUAUAAAUUCUUUCGUUAGUUGA